CAACCAUAAACAAUGGCUUGGGGGCUUGCUGAGUGCUGACAGAACAGGGUGAUGAAACUAAAAAGAUGAGGCAAACAUGUAAUAGUGAUGGUGGAGUGGGUUCCACUGAAAAUGUUCAAGCCCGGGGAAUAACUCUUCUCUCCAUAUUCGUCGACACUCCAACUGCCGCACCGAAUCCUGAAACCAAGCUAUUGGCUGACUUCAAGAAAGACACGCAUCUCAGCAAAGUGUACUUGGCGGGAAGAGAGUAUCUCAACGAGGAAGGUCAGACCUCUGUGAGCCCGCUCAUUGGGAAAAUAAUGCAUCAGAUCUGCACAGACCCCACUCUCUGUCCAGAGUAUCCAUCAUCCUUUGGCCUUCCAGAAUUCACCAGGAGAGCAACAGAAUUGGUUUUGGGCAGGGACUGCCAUGCCAUCGUGGAGAACAGGGUGUUGGGUGUGCAGACUGUGGGCUGUACUGGGGCUGUUCGUCUGGGGGCUGAGCUCUUGAAGCACUGGUACAAUGUGAGCGGUGUCUGGUGUGGGCCAGUCUAUCUCUCCUCCCCCUGUGAUGAUUCCUUGGCUGGUAUCUUUGAGGCAACAGGGAUCCAGGAUGUCCGUCGGUAUCGGUAUUGGGAUACAGAGCAGAGGGGUGUGUGUGUGCAAAAAAUGAUGGAGGAUCUGGAGAUGGCUCCAGAGCAGAGUGUCAUUGUUCUGUCUGCUUCUGCUCACUGCCCUACUGGUUCAGACCUCUCGCAGAAGCACUGGAGACUCCUCACACAGCUUAUGGUGAGGUGUAGGUUUUUCCCUUUCUUCCUACUGCCUGCACAGGGCCUAUGCCAUGGGGAUUUUGAACAAGACGCCUGGCCAGUGCGUCUGUGUGCCUCUCUGGGGAUGGAGCUUCUGUGUGCCCAGUCCUUCUCCCACAGCUUUGGGCUUUACGGCGAGCGGGUUGGACACCUCUUAUGUGUCCUAAAGCAGAGCUCCACACUGCUAGCUGUUCAGUCCCAGGCCGAGAAGCAGGUCAGGGCUUUGUGGUCCCGGCCAUCUGUCGGAGGAGCUCGUGUGGUUGCCACGGUGCUCAGUAACCCUGCCCACCAUGUGGAGUGGCAGGAAGGAGUGAAGAGUAUGGUGGAGAGGGGCAUACUGGUCAGAGAGAGGUUGAGAGAGAAGCUAAGGCUUCUUGGAUGUCCUGGCAGCUGGGAUCACCUGAUCCAGCAAGGUGGACUGUACUGUUGCACUGGGCUGAAUGUCCAACAAGUGGAAUUCUUGGAAAAGAGGAGACAUAUCUACCUGCAUCCCAAUGGCUGUCUGAAUGUGAGUGCUAUCAACAGCCGUAACAUAGACUAUGUAGCUGAGUCCAUCCACCUGGCAUUGACCUCUGUCUUCUGAUGUCGAUUACAAUACCUGGGGCCUCAUUUAUAAAACGGACUUAUGAUCAAUUUUGAUCUUAAGUAUGACUUACGCAGAAAACCACGUAUAAGUAGUUAUUUAUAAAACCUUACUUUGACGUGGAAAUUAUCUUAUCCCUACGCAAAGUCUAGACUUGAUGUAAGUGCUUUUCCUGCUGGUUAUGUAGGGCUAUUCUUUUUUUCCCUUGCAGUUUAAGGUCAGACACUUUCUUUUUCACAUCAGCCACAGUUCUGUCUUGCUGCCCCACCUCGUUCACUGCAGCGGCGACACACUCCCAAGCUACCUGUUUGGCUUUGUUUGUCAACCCACCGAAUAAUACGUGUUUCCUGUCUUCAAUCUCCUCUACCAUCGCCGUGAUCUCGUCUUUCAAAAAGUUAACUUUUCUCUUUUGGUCCAUGGCUAUUCCUGACUAAACCCUCAUUUGUGCUAGCAUUCUAUAAGGGGAAAUCGCGGAUUGUAAGGCACGUUCAGGUGCCGUCAAUUUUAAGUUAAUUUUAGAUUUAUAGAUCACAGGUGAGUACGUUACAAAAUGGGCUUCUUAGAACCUGUGUAAGCAAGGUUUUUUAUGCUCGGUAUCUUUUAUGAAUCGAAUGUUAGCAGAACCGUUGGAAAUGAUCUUACGACUAAGUUCAAGUAUAAAUGAGGCCCCUGGUGACAGUCUCCAUAAAAUCCUUAUUCAGCUUGACUAAAUCAUGUGAAGGAAGCAUCUUUAUGUCACAAUAUAAUACCAAAUGAAUUAGGGCUGGAUGCAUAAGGAAAAUGGCUGUUAGUUAUCAUUUAUUGAAACAAAUUAACAAUUGACUUUAGAAUGUAGAGUGUAACAUCCAAACGUUCAAUUAGAGGUAGGGAUUAGGGAAUAUGAAUUAUGGCAUAUGGUAUUUUCAACCUACAUAACUGGAAAAUAUUGUAGGCAGCAUAUAGUUGUGGUGUGGUAGUCCAGUAAGGAGCACUCUGUCCUCUGGUCCAAGUAGAUCCUAAUGCCCUAGUUGGGUAAAAGGGUUCUUGUGUAGUCAAGACAAGGGUCCAUCUUUUGGUUGAGUUGUUAAACAGAGAUCCUGACCUUAUAGAGACAACUAUUGUGACACUUACAAUAUGGCGGUAGUAGAGGGAUUGUCCUAGCCAAGUUCCCAGUCGAAUUCUAGUAGGUCUAUCAGUCUGCCAUUUAAUAAUCUUUGAAUUCUUCAUCCUCUUCACUGCAAUGACUAUUGUUUGUGCUCACAGAACACUCACAGAACACUGCCCAAUUGGAUAGUUUCACCCUUUUGUAAUUUUUAACAUGUUAUUUUAACUGUAGUGAUAACGUAACCAUGAAAUUAUUAAGGUCAACCUUUUUAGUUUUUUAUUGACCAAUUUAUUUUAUACUGUAGCCUAUUGUUUGUGGCACAUUGAAAGAUAUUAUUUUGAAUGCGAAUACGUUUUCGCCCAUGCCCACCCCGCCCUUCUGGAAACCUCUUUCUCAAAACUACGGAUUUGGAUCAUGUUCGCCGUGUUAUUUUAUUCACCUUUUUUUUUUUUACGCAGCUGCUGCUCAUACUCCAUCUCCCUUCACGUUUCUCUCUUUACUUAGCCUCUCCUGAACCAUGAUGAUGUAGCCUAUGUCUCUGUCUCAUAUUUCUGAACAGCUGAAGUAAAAACCCUGUGGCGAGUUGAACGAACAUUCAAGGCCAUUAUGAAGGCUACAACCUUCUGUUUGUUGUAACGGAUAUUGCAGUUGCACAAGCAGGACGCAGUCCCUACACAUUGCAUUGGAGCAAAAACAAUCUACGUUUUGUGUGAUGAUGUAAGCUAGUCUUUGUAGUUGCUGCCAUAUCGUAGCCACUAGCCAGAGUUGUUGAAAAAGAACACUACUACUCUGACUGCUUGUCUACCUCCUGCUUAGCCAUUGUUUGCAAUGAUUUAAAAAAUAACAUUACAUCGCUAAUUAGACUGUCUGUCUUUGUUUUGCUUGUGUUUGAUGUACUGUCUAGAUAGCUGCAUGUAACUCCCCACUUGAGUUUUGCAUUGGGGCAAAAAAACAAUCUGCGAGUUUGUAUGAACAUGUUGAUCAUGUCUUUUGUGUACAACAUGUAAAUAGCUACAUGUAGCCUAACUCCCCAACUAAAAAAAUAACAUGAAAUUGAUCUUAAUCUGCUUAGUUUACACCAAAGGCGUUCAUCGCCGAUCAAGGAGGGGAAAGCAGCAGCGUAGCACUGAGCAGCAUCUACGUAGGCAGAAGAGUGAGCAGCAGCUACGCAUAAAACAUCCUGCACAUGUGCAGAAAACUCCUUAUCUUUAGCCACGGUAAAUCAGGUUUCCAGAAAAUCCGAACAGCAGCCCUCCGAAAUCUAAAACGUGAAUUGUUCAGUGUCAUACACAUGAAUACACUACUACAGCCUUUGUACAUUCACAAUCUGAUUCCCCAUUGGAGUCCAGUUGUUUCAGCCAAAAAAAGAAUGGCAUGCACUAACAUGUUUUAGAGUUAUACCCUUUUCAUAAAUAGGAUGCCGCUACAGUAACGGGUCAAUAGCAACAAUCGACAACCUUUCAGACAAUUUAAAAAAGUGCUGCAUCAGCGUCUGUAUCUUUUUAGAGAGCAGAAUUCUGCUCUGGCAUAGAAUGUUCUGUAUUUAUUCCCUGACAACAAUAAAUGUUGCUGA